CAAACCAACCGUCUCCAUUGACAUUGUAUUGCGAGAAGCCGCCUCCUAGUCAUUUCGGGCUUAUAAAAAAUUACAGAAAAAUGCCUAAAAGCUGCUGUGUGACAAUGUGUACAGCUAACAAGCUGAAAAACCCAGAUUUAAGUUUUUAUAAGCUACCGAGCCGUAAAACCCAGCCUUUAAGGAGACAAAAGUGGAUACAGGCAAUACGGCGUGAAGCAUCAGCGAGAAGAAUGGGUAAAUUGUGGGAUCCCGACACUAAGCAUACCUACGUCUGCAGUAAACAUUUCGUCACUGGCUCCAAAAAUGAUGAUGAGUCUCACCCAGACUAUAUUCCAACGUUACUACCCCACAAAAGGGCAAAACAAGCCACUUCACUACUGAGGCUGCAAAACCUAACAAAACGUCAUCAGGUUGCCGCCACCACCGCAGCUCUGCCCAUAACCGAGAGUCCACUUGAACCCACCACAGAAAACCCUCCUGGACCCACCUCAGAAAACCCUCCUGAACCCACCUCAGAAAACCCUCCUGAACCCACCUCAGAAAUCCCUCAUGAACCUACCUCAGAAUUAAUUGACCAGCCUACAACAGAACAACUUUUUCAAGAGAUCCAACUUUUAAGAGAGGAAAGGGAUACUGCCAGGAGAGAGAGGGAUGAGGCACAACAGAGGUAUAAAGCAAGCAGUUUGAAAGAGGACAAUGAGAAGUGCAAAUUAAUGACUGGUGUUUCAUGGGAAAUUUUUGGUGUAAUUCAUACAUUUCUUGCUCAGUACAUUUCAUUCAGUCUGUUCUGCAAAUUGACCUCAGAAGACCAGUUGUUUCUCACACUGCUAAAGCUGCGCCAAAACCCAACAACACCUGUACUGGCUCAAAUGUUUGGGCUAAAUAGAACAACAGUUUUACGUGUGUUCACAAAGUGGGUAGAUGUCAUGUAUGCCAAAAUGACAUUCCUAAUACGCUGGCCUGAUAGAGAGUGCAUACAAGAUUCAAUACCAUCAGAAAUGAGAUUACAGUUUCCCCGCCUGACAAGCAUCAUCGAUUGUUUUGAAAUAAGAAUUGAGCGUCCAAAGAAACUGAAAGCACGUGCCAAGACCUACUCAAAUUAUAAGAAGUGGACAACAGCUAAAUAUUUCAUCGCCUGUCAUCCAUCUGGAUGCAUCACCUUCCUUUCAAAAGGCUGGGGGGGUCGGGCAUCUGAUGUCCAUAUUGUGAGGCAGUCUGGCUUUUUAUCUUCCAGCUACCACAAGCCAGGAGACCAGAUACUGGCUGACAGAGGUUUUACGCUUGUGGAAGAUUUUGCAGUUCUUGGUGCCCAUUUGGUCAUGCCAGCAUUCACUCGAGGCCGGAAACAGCUGCCUGGGAAAGAUGUUGAGGAGUCACGUGUGAAAUCGAACAUCAGAAUUCACAUAGAAAGAGUGAUUGGGGUCCUCAAAGGACGGUUCCACAUUCUGGAUGGUCCGAUUCCGAUGCGGCUGGUGAAGAGCCUAAUGGAUGAAAGGCAGAACAAAGAAGCAGCAACAAUUGACAAGAUUGUUCACGUGUGUGCAGCUUUAGUCAACAUGUCCAACAGUGUGGUCUAACUGUCCUAUUAAGAGGUAUCAUCAUUCUGCUCCUUCUCUGCUCUGCUGGUCCCUGUCAUGAUGCCUUCAUUGCCAUCACUUCCUGUUCUGCUCCCCUUUCUCUUCCCUUUGACUGCACUCUUGUCAUUUGAGCAACUCCUCCCUGCCUCAGUACCUGCAAUACUGGAACUACUACAACUACCAGGAUUGUGCUCCAGUCCCUAAUCACAGAUAAAAAAUAUAAAAAUAUAUAAUAUAAAAAAGCAAUGUAUUGAAAUUAUAGAUUAAUUGUACAUAAUAAUAUGUGUAAAAACGGAUUAAAGUAUACCAUGCACCUGAGUGUUUAAGGUCAUUCUUGGUAGAAUGUGGCAGGUCCAGA